UCCAAAAUAGUAGGAACACUCCUUCAUCAUCAUCAUCAUCAUCAUCUUCUUCUUCUUCUCCAAAGCUCCAACCUUUAUCAAUACUCAAAGAAACAACCAAUGCCUGGGUUAUCAUGCACCAAGCUGACCCUCUUCACCAUCGCCGGAGUUGCAAUCCAGCUGGUCGGCCUCUCUCUCUUCGUCUUUGGCUUCUUCCCCGUCAAGCCUACCCUUCCCGGCCACAGUGGCCCCGAGAGUUUUAGAGCACCCACUUGCAAUUCAAAUCGAAAUGAGAGCCACAGUGAUGUCACUGAUGUGCCUCCUCAUCGGCUCAGGUCACUCUAUAAGGAACUAUCUGGAGUCCCACCUGCAUUUGAGAGGCUAAUUCUGAUGGUUAUUGAUGGUCUUCCAGCUGAGUUUGUUCUAGGCAAGGAUGGUAAGCCUCCAGGAAAGGACUUGAUGGAGGCUAUGCCGUAUACUCAGUCAUUGCUUUCAAAUGGAAUGGCAAUCGGGUACCAUGCUAAAGCCGCACCCCCGACAGUCACAAUGCCUCGUUUGAAGGCUAUGGUUUCUGGAGCAAUUGGGGGAUUCCUUGAUGUGGCUUUGAAUUUCAACACACAAGCUAUGGUCGAUGACAAUCUUCUUGGGCAGUUUUUGAAGAUUGGGUGGAAAAUGGUGAUGCUUGGUGAUGAAACAUGGCUGAAGUUGUUUCCAGGAUUGUUUAUGAGGCAUGAUGGAGUGACCAGUUUCUUUGUUAAAGAUACUGUUCAAGUGGAUCAAAAUGUUUCUCGACAUCUGGACCAUGAGCUUAGCAGAGAUGACUGGGAUUUUCUGAUUCUUCAUUAUCUGGGCUUAGAUCAUGUCGGACAUACUGGUGGGCGCAACAGUGCCUUGAUGGCCCCAAAACUUACAGAGAUGGAUGAGGUGGUGAAGAUGAUUCAUAUGACUAAUAUAGUGAAUCAAAAGAAUAAUCAAGGGCAGACACUCUUGGUCGUGGUAAGUGACCAUGGCAUGACUGAGAGUGGUAAUCAUGGAGGGUCCUCAUAUGAAGAAACUGACUCCUUAGCACUAUUUAUUGGCCUACAAAAUGAUGUCUCUGAUUUUUUAUCAUCUAACCAUAACAAUGUUAACCAGGUUGACAUUGCACCAACAUUAGCUCAUCUAUUAGGUGUGCCAAUUCCAAAGAACAAUGUUGGUGUCCUAAUUCCAGAAAUCUUUGGAUAUUUAAGUGGAGACCAACAUCUGAAGGCACUGGAGUUGAAUUCCUGGCAAUUACUUAGAUUAUUGCAAGCACAAAUACCUGGUUUAUCAUGUCGAAAUCAUCCUUGUGAUGGCUCAGAUGCUGAUCAAGAGUCCACAAUAACUAAGUGUUAUGGGAGUAUAGAAAGGAUAUGUUGUUGCUUAUACAUGAAUGCCGCACUUCUCAAAAAAUCCUGGAUGUCAAAGGAAGUUUCCAGGUCUAAUAGUAGGAAAGAGUACACCAGCACUGUUGCAGCAUACUAUGAGUUUCUGAGAAUGGCAAGUGAGUGGCUAUCACACAGAGCAACUGAUAAACCUGUAGGCCUGCUAACUCUUGGAAUAGUUGCAAUGCUUCUAUCUUCUCUGAUACUGUUAAGCCUUUUGUUUCACAUCUACAAAGAAGUUCACACUAGAGAGAUGCAAUGCCCUUUUGACUUAAAAAGCCUCAUGCAGACCUGGUGUCUAGAAGAGACUUUUGUAAUGGGUGUUGUAUUGAUUCUCGUUGUAAGUAUGACAUCAAGUUCUUUGGUAGAGGAAGAGCAAUAUAUAUGGCAUUUUCUGGCUUCCACAUCACAGUUGUUAUUAUUGCGUAAAGCAAUACAAAGUAGUGUACAUAGUUUCUCCAAGGGACAAAACAAAAAAACUGGUCUUCAAAUCAGUUCUGUCUGCGUGCUUCUAAUUUCUGGGAGGAUUUUGAGAGGUUGGCACCAAGGAGGCGUGAAUUAUACUAAUCUUCCUGACAUAUCUAAGUGGCUUGAGCAGGCUGGGAACGAUAAUGUAAAAUCAAUACAGGUUGUCACAUGCCUUCUGAUGAUCGCCUUGAGCUUGUAUGCCUUUUUUAUAUUUGGAACAAACAGAAAUAUAGUUCUGGUCAUUGGAUUCAGCUUUCUUAUCUCUGGGUUGUUGGUUUUACAACAUAUCCUUAGACAUCAGGAUGGUACGUUUGCCUCAUCCAGUUACAGUGCUACCACAUUGGUACAAAUGAUUUAUGCAAUUCUGGGUGUUUCCACAAGUGGGACAGUUAUCGCCCUGCCAUGGCUAGUACCAUUUUCAACAUCUGAGACCUGCAUGAGUCAUGAUAUUUACAUGUCGGCCUCUGCUCCCUGUGAAGUUCAGAAUAAGUCACUGCUGGUGAAGUUAAGAGAAUCUUUAUAUGUAAUUGGGUGGGCAUACAUAUGCUGCUGGUGUCUUCUGCAGCUUUUGCUCCAACAAACGAUUAACUCGAUACCUAUAUUUCUGCUACUUGUGCAAACUUUGGCCAGUACACUGUAUCUUUCUUAUAGUGGGCUGCACCACAAGCAGUGGGUAGAGGUUUCUGCAAUUUACAUUUUGGGAAUGGCUGGCCAUUUUGCACUAGGGAACAGCAAUUCUCUAGCUACUGUUGAUGUUGCCGGAGCUUUUAUUGGCAUCUCAAGUCAUUCAACAGUAUUAUCUGGAAUUUUAAUGUUCAUUAUCACCUAUGCUUCACCAGCGCUAUCUAUUCUUAGCAUGGUGAUGUAUAUCUCUUUGAAGGACACAAGCUAUUUCGUAUCUUCGUCUGAUGCAGAUUCAAGACAACUCCUCAAAAUGAUGAUUGGCUUUCCUUGUCUAGUUCCACUGGGCUUGAACUCCAUUUUGUUGACAGCUUAUACCAUUGUAUUGCUGGUUAUGAGGAACCAUCUUUUCGUUUGGAGCGUCUUUUCUCCAAAGUACAUUUAUGUUUGCACUACAACUAUAUGUGUGUACAUUGGGGUCACUGUUGUAGCUGCAACUGUGACAUAUGCAUAUAUGGUGCUGGGAUUGAGGACAGGGAAGCAAUAUAAGCUUAGCCACCAGCAAUGAUAUAACAUAAAGCUCAGCGUGCUAAGGCCUGCUACUUCUUCUUUGCAAACCAGUGUAAACAGAUCAUUUUCUACUUUUUUUUAUACAGAUAGCUACAAACUUCUCUUUAAUAAAGAGAAUAGAAAACAGAUGCAUAGUUUUAGUAGAAAUACAGUUUUCGUUUUGUAAUCUUGUUUACACCACAACGCUAAAAACUUUUGAACUUUCUUUCCGUAACUUGUUCCUUCUCUUUGCUCGGGAUGGAGCAUUGAAUACUUGCUGAAACCUAAAGCCUGACACCUUAGAUAAAUGAAGAGCACAAUAAGACUUCACACAAAGCGGAAUCAACAUUGUUUAGCUACAAUGGUUUCAGGUGUAUCAAGAUUUAUAAGAUCCUCAGUUUAUUUCUGUAAGUUACUUGCCACAAAAGUAUGUAAAGAAGGAUAAUGAGAUAUAUCAUAUAAUUCAGAU